AUUGAGGACGUGUGGAACAACAAUAACAAGCCGUACGACGACAUAUUGAAUUGAUAAGAGCGAACUCACACGCACACACACAGAGGCUCACAUACAGCGUACACGUAUUGCAUGUACUCACACAGCGCUCUUUGUGAGCGAGAGCGGCCAACGACGAAGCGUUUAAAAGUGUUUUGCUCGACACAGGCACCGACAGUUUGCAUUCACAUAGCGAAGGCGCGUAAAGCAGAAGAAUUACGAAAAAUUCCAAACAUCAACAACAACAACAAGAGGAACCCGAAGAAUAAAAUGAUGAAAUUUUGUGCGAGUUUUUGUCUACUGACCGUUCUGGCCGCCAUCAACAUGGCUCAGGCAGACAAUUUGCAAUGUAACAUCAAGUCAAAUGCUGCAUUCAGGGGAUGGCCGGACAUGAAGGAGCCCUGCAUUAGGAGCAUGCGGGAGCAGAUCCAGAAGGAGAUCAAUGCCUCCAUGCAGUACCUGGCCAUGGCUGCCUAUUUCUCGAACGAUACCGUCAAUCGUCCUGGUUUCGCCGAACACUUCUUCAAGGCUGCCAAGGAAGAGCGCGAGCAUGGAGCCAAGCUGAUCGAAUACCUGUCAAUGCGUGGCGAGUUGACCCACACCGUGAAGGACCUAAUCAAAGUAUCGCCUGUCAAGGUAAAGAACUGGACUGGACUGUCUGCUUUGGAGGAUGCCUUCAAGCUGGAGACCGAGGUCACCAAGUCCAUUCGCGAUCUGAUUAAGACCUGCGAGGGCAACUCCAAGAAGGCUGAUGAUAACGAUUACCAUCUGGUUGACUACCUGACCGGUGUCUACUUGGAGGAGCAGCUGACUGGCCAACGCGAGCUGGCUGGCAAGAUCACCACAUUGGAGAAGAUGAUGUCCUCCCAGGGAGAGUUGGGCGAAUUCCUGUUCGACAAGAACAUGUAAACUACAUCCCCAAGUUCAACUCAUUGUCUAGCAAGCUAUUCAUAGUUUAUACUGUGCUCCCCGAAAGAUAUCUAUUUAAAAUUAACUGUUACUAGCCUCUGCAGCAGAUACUCCAUCGCAUCAAGUAUUUUGUUAUCCACACGAUCAUUUUUGCAAAAAUUAGUUUAUAAUUAAAUCAUACUCAAAAGUAAAAUACUUUCUCUUUUUUUAUCGUUUGUUUCCGAAUGAAAAUCAAGUAUUGGCCAAAUAAAUAUAUAUCACGUUCUGUUUGAAUUCAAUUUCAUUCCAAGGCACAGUCAAAUCCACGAGUUCUUUUCUUAUCAAUCCCGCUCUCCACCUGGGGCUUAGCACUAAUCAGGCGUCAUACCUUUAUCAAUUGCUACAAGUAUGACAGUCAAAAGUUGUGAUUUAUUUACAAUAUUUGUUACGUAUAACUGUUUCGUUAUCUCGCCUCGAGUACACGUGCUCAAAAGUUCAAAUCUACGUUCUACGACUACGGGAAAAUUCCCGAGUCAGCAAAUCAUUGCAAAUUGAAUAAUCCAUAUUUAGAUAUAAACAAGUACAUGAUAUACACAAAUAUAUAUAUUAUAAAACGUAUAUUUUUCUGUCAAUUAGUCAAUAAUAAUACUAACUUAAUAAAGACUACGAUCAAACCAA